AUAGGAUCAAAUCAGUCCGUGGUUUUCGCUCUGCGUCGUGGAAAGCGAAGUGUCUGUUUUUGUGCAAUGGCCUUGAGAGUUACUGUGACGACCUUCGCCCUGGUGACAUGGCUGACCAUCCAGCUCGCGACCGGGCCCUCCAAAGCCAGCGCAAUGGACACCUUUGACGACGCGGUCAACGUCAUCAACGACGGGAUUGACUGGGUGGCCGAGAAGGUGGCCAGGUACGCAAUGGAAGGGAAGCUUAUCAAGCUGGACGGCGAAGACAACUCUGUCCGAAACUCGCGCCAGCUUCCACAAGAAGAAGAAGACGAGGCACCAGCAGAAGAGAAGCUAUUAGUGGAUGACCCCGAGGGUCGCCUCUUCAUCGGAACGGGAUUCAACGGGACGGGAGUGAGCCUGAAUCUGCAGGGACUUCAAACAGCCAUCGGGACGGCCAUCGGUGUGGCCGUCAUCGUCGGCAUCAUCGUCAUCAUCAUCUUGAUCAUCAUCGCCUUGGCCACCGGAAGAGACGUCUAUUCCGUCAGCAAAGGCCUCACCAACAGGUUCACGGAUCCAUACGAAGAAGAGUGGUAUGCUCCGAACUACAAUUACCAUAACUACAGGGACCAGAGCACCUAUACAUCCUACAGGGCCUUAGACGAAGCCGCUAGAAAGUACGGCGACGACAAGGAAUAAGCAGGACAUCGUAGAAACCCGUGAAGCUCCUACUCCGGAACCGAGUCACACUUCCAGCGACAAUUCGGAUUAAGAAACACUGGAAACAUUUGGCAGAAGAUGUGCGACACAUUAAUUGCAAAGUUGAAGGUUUGAGAGAGGAAAUGUAGCAUUGAAAAUCAUUCCCUGAAUAAAUGCAAAACCAUCGACGGCCAAAGGUCUGAAAGAAAUUAGGCCGUACCGCUUUAGAACAUAUUUUUUUUCGAUUAAGUCGGAUUACAAAGAGGAACAAAGUUCCUCUCCGGCACUUGUUAUUGCCCGCAAUUUCUCGCUUUUUUAACAUUUUCUUAUUUCUGUAAAUUUUCUGUAAUUCAGUCAACAAUUAGUCGUUCAAGCUUACGGUAAUUAUAAUGGCUUACAAUCGCUCCCCUAUUUGGUAACUGCAUAGGAAAAAAAUCCCUUAUUUCAUCAGAUAUAAUUUUUUUUCCCUUUCAAGAUUUAACGAUUUCGUUCAUGCAAACACUAGAUAAAAAUAGUAUAUAUACACCUUUCAUACUUUGGGUGGUACGCCCUACUUGAAGCAAAUAAUUUGACUUGAAAUUCUCUAUUACAUAAGAAACAACGCUAAUUAAUCACCAAAUGUAAUGUUAUUCAUGAACAUUCAAGAUCUUUCAUGAUGUCUGCUGCCACUGUAAUAAAGAUGUUCUUGCGUGUUUCCUAAAGAGAUGUAUUUACAGUUGAGCAGCUGUUAUAGAAGAUAACGACUGUGGUUUUGUUUCCCUUCAGUGACCCACUGCAAGUUUAUCAAGUCUGAUCCAUAAUUUACUUUGUUCUUGAGUCAUAUUGUUGCCUCCAAUAAAACCCCAAAUACACCAGAAGAAGACGCAUAAGUUUACUGUGGUCUCAAACUUUUUUGGUAAUCGCGUUAACAAAAUGUGCCUGUUUAUUUAUUUAUUUAUUAUAAAAAACGAACUUCGUUAUUCCAAAACUUGUGCUGUAGCAGGAAUGUUUGUUGUCUGACGAAUUUCUAUGCCUCCAGUAGUAUAUUUAUGAUUUUGUUUAUUUAUGUAUAUAUCAAUGUUUUGCUUUUUCUUCCAUAAA